AUGGAGCUGUGCAUAGGUACGGAAGGGGAUACCAUAGGAGAGUUCCUUCAGGCUGUACAGCAGCAACUUGCACCUGAGUUUCGAGAAAUUAGGACAACCUCAGUGGAGAAUUUGCUUUAUGUGAAAGAAGAUCUUAUCAUUCCCCAUCAGCGUAGUUUCUAUGCGCUAAUCGUGAACAAGGCUAGGGGCAAAAGUGGACUGUCUCAUGCUGGGAAAGUUGUCGAGAGGCACUGGUACAAAAAGAACAAGCAUAUUUUCCCUGCUUCAAGCUAUAUGGCCCAACGAGAAAAUGGGAGCGUUAUACCAUCCAUGGGGAUUGAUUACUCGUCAAAGACAUUCCAGGAUCAAGAACUUUAUGAUAUGUUUCGAAAGCAGUAGAACCCUAUUUUAUCAUCGGUUGUUUGGGCUUGAUUUUUGAAUUGUUAUGACUUACCUACUAGUUAAGAAUGGGAGUUUUAGUUCCUUUACUCUUUUUAAGUAAUUCGCAUACAGAUCAUGGAAAAUGCUUGAAAUAGAUUAGAGACCAUUAUUAAUUAUAUUCUUCUCCCACUCUUUUAUUUUGUGCUUAUACAGAUAUGGUGAACCAA